CUUUGCCUAGCUAGUGUCUGCAUCAAUGGUUGUUCCACUACCACCAACGUCAGCCCAAGGGGAGGCCUCUGAGGACCUACUCCGGAUGAUGAGGCCGGCCAAAUACUGCACCAUAGGCCUGUGGGUGCUAGUGCCCAUCAGACUCAUUUUGGACGGGCUCUUUAACUGUCUCGCUGUAUUGUUUUCCGCGCUGUGCUGCACUUACCUGCUCAUGAACGACCCCAGUAUGGCCUCUUGCUAUUCCUGUCUUUUCAACUCGCCCUUGGGGGCCUGUGGGCCCGGCGGCUUGCAGUGCCUAUUGCCUGCAAUAUUCAUCUGUGUUAUAAACUGCCUUUUUGACGGCAUACGCUUCUUCAGUACGAUAUCUAUCACCGUUCACUUGGCCAAGUUAGGCUUCGUCGUUCCGAUGCUUUUGGAGUUAUCAUUGCUACUUUCAUUCGUCCUACAGGGGGUAAUAGGAUGGGUAGCAUACAAGGUCUUCAAGCAGAUCAGUAGUAGUGCGGGAGAUGCAUCUCAGCCGUUCCUGGGCGGCGAUCCCUAUGCUAUUGGGCAACCACCCGCUGGACCUGUGUCGUAUCGGACGACAUUUGGUGCUCCCACCGGGGGUCAAGUGAAUCAGAUAUCAGGAGGAGUAAUCGGGGCGAGUAGGAACAAUCGAGGGUUUGUCCCAUUUGGGGGUUCGGGUAGACAGCUUGGUGGCGAGUGAAGGGUGG